ACAAGCUACCAAACCAGCAGCAACAGCUAGCCGCCAGGAGCUAUCUCAGUCGGGGGACGAGGCGUUUGAACAUGCAAAAGUUUAGAAACGCGGAUCCUUCUAUCGAGUAGAUACAACACCAACGUUUGGAGAACCCUUAAACGGCUGUCGAAACCAUGGGUCAUAGCUGGCUUUCGUUAUAGCCAGUUUUAAAAACGUAAUUAAGAGCUUCAAAUGUGCGAAAAGUCGCUCGGUCUGUCCUCGUCGUUGAACAAGAUGGCAGCAGCAACAGCAGCACCGUUGCAGGGGUUGACUGUGGUGCGAGUCCUCGUUGCUAGCCUCUUCUGUGACGCUCUCAGUGAUAUGAUUUACUGGUCUUAUUGAAGGUAUGGCCUCACAAGUCUUGGUCUAUCCAUCACACCUGCACUCAGCUCAAACAAGUGCCUUAGGAACCAGCAGCAGUGGUACCAGCAGACACACGGGUGAAGUACACCGCAGUAAUAACACCAACAGAGCCUUUCAGCACCGACCCCCGCCCAAGACCUAUGUGAUUGGAGUCAACUACGGUAUUGCAUACCCCAACAACGUUGUCCCAUCGUCCACUGGUGCUGAUUUAGGAAGACUGCACAGGGGGCUACAGCUUGGUGAGACUGAGCAGUGGGCCUUGCAGACUGCGGGAAUACAGAGAGAAUCCAGCUGGGAAAGCUUGAUAGAAGGUCCAGUUGGGAUUCAGGUUCAACAAUCUAUUUACCAGAGCAGAGGCCCACAAGACGGGGGUCUUGGGAGAGAGGGAGGUGGUGGAACUCCAUCAGGAGUAGGAUUGGACUGUGGGUUACAGAGUACAGCCUGUGUGAGAGCAGAGGAAGAAGGCAGAUACAGAGGGGUAGCGUUGAGAGGACGGUACAGUAACCUUGAAUUAAGUGCCACUCAGAGAUGUGAGCAGAAGACAGGUGAAGGAGGAGAACAACUACAGGAGAGCAAUCACAUCAGAACCAUGCAAAUAGUGGAGGAGGUAUCUGCUCUACCAUCACUUCCUCCUCCUGCAGCCAUGUUGCAGGCCAGCACUGGGAACAAUGCGGACACUGUCAGAGGAGGGGGUGGAGGGACGCUGCCGAGUCAACACAGGGUUGAAGCUGCGCCUGGGGUUGGGAUUGGUGCUGACGGGACUGAAAUCAGGCCUAACGGCAGUAACGAGGUCGUGGUGGGAGCUUCAUUGACUAGAAGUGGGUCAGGAGAUGGUGACUAUCAGUUAGUUCAGCAUGAGGUUCUGUGCUCCUUGAAGAACAGCUACGAGGUCUUGGAGUUUCUGGGUCGUGGCACUUUUGGCCAGGUGGUAAAGUGCUGGAAGAGGGGAACCAAUGAAGUGGUGGCUGUCAAAAUACUCAAGAACCACCCAUCUUAUGCACGUCAGGGGCAGAUUGAGGUGGAGAUACUGGCCCGGUUAAGCAGUGAGAAUGCAGAAGAGCACAAUGUGGUGCGUGCUCUGGAGUGUUUUCAGCACCGCAGCCACACCUGUUUGGUGUUUGAGAUGCUGGAGCAAAACCUCUAUGACUUCCUUAAACAAAACAAGUUCAGCCCACUGCCACUCAAAAUCAUCAGGCCUAUUCUGCAGCAGGUGGCAACAGCCCUAAAAAAGCUGAAGUCUCUGGGUUUGAUUCAUGCUGACCUGAAGCCAGAAAACAUCAUGCUGGUGGACCCCUCCCGGCAGCCCUACAGAGUCAAAGUCAUUGACUUUGGCUCAGCCAGCCAUGUCUCCAAGGCUGUCUGCUCCACUUAUCUGCAAUCCAGAUACUACAGGGCUCCAGAGAUUAUUUUGGGCCUGCCAUUUUGUGAGGCUAUUGACAUGUGGUCGCUGGGCUGUGUGAUAGCUGAGCUCUUUUUGGGCUGGCCCCUCUACCCCGGAGCGCUGGAGUAUGACCAGAUCCGGUACAUCUCUCAGACUCAGGGGCUGCCUGCAGAGCAGUUACUCAACAAGGGGACCAAGACCUCACGUUUCUUCACCAAAGAAUCUGACUCUCCCUACGCCACCUGGAGACUAAAAACAACUGAGGAGCAUGAGAAAGAGACGGGACUUAAAUCCAAAGAGGCCAGAAAGUACAUCUUCAGCUGUCUGGAUGACAUUGCACAUGUGAACCUGGUGCUGAGUCCUGAUAAUAGUGACAUGCAGGCAGAAAAAGCAGACAGGCGGGAGUUUGUUUCUCUUCUUAAGACCAUGCUGAUGAUUGAUGCUGAGGACAGGACUGUUCCUUCUAAUGUCCUGAACCACCCCUUCCUCACUAUGACUCACUUACUGGACUACCCCCACAGCAACCAUGUACAGUCGUCUUUCCGGAUCAUGGACAUGUGCCACAGUCGGCCCAGCAAUGCUGUUUUUGAUACACUCAACCAGAACACUAUUCAUUUCCCCAGACCCCCUCUGGCCCCCACCGCCUCCUCUAGCCUCCCUCUGGGCUACAGCAACAUACCAGUCCACACUCAGUCUAUAACCCAGUCGGCUCCAUCAGUUUUGCAUCCCGGCAUUGCUCUGACAACAGGGAAUGGUCAGUUUGGAUGCAGCGAUUCGUUCCCACCUGCUCUUCUUCUUUGUCCUCCCACAAUGCAAGGUAACCUUAAUCAACCAACAUACCCUGUCCCCAUGGCAACUCAGGCGCCUCCCAUACAACCCCUACCAGUGAGGCCAGGUGUUAUAGCUCAGCAGGCCUGGUCUAGCCGAGGCCAGCAGCUUCUGGUCCCAGCAGCCUGGCAACAGAUGACUCCUGUUGGUCCUCCUCCCUCUCACCCACCCCCUCCACCUCCUACCUCCCUGACCAACGACACCACAGCUGGCCCACAGAGGAUCAGUGAGUGGGGGAAAGUGCGCUCACAUAGCGGCCACUAUAAUGCAAUGAUGCAGCAGCCGCUCCUGACUAAUCAGAUGCCAGCCAUCUCUGCCCAUCAGCCAAUCAAUAUAGGCAUAGCUCAUGUUGUGUGGCCCCAGCCAGCCAAUAAAAGGAACAGACACGGUCACAACAGGAAUCUGUCUCAUCCCAGCAACAUCCACAUGUCGGCCUGUCGAACCCCCAAAAUAGCCGAUGUUGUUGGACAGGCAGUGGCAGGAAGGGCGCAGCCUCAGAGGGAGGUGCCUCUGGUGGAGUCCCAACAACCAGAAAUCCAGAACGCACAUGAGGAAGAGGAUGGCACAGAAGAGGAAGUGAGCUGCUUCAAAGAGCCUGUGCCAAGUGAUACCAGACAUGUAGAUUUUUCCAGGCAAGCACAACGAGAUGUGGCGGUCCUUAUGACUGAUACGCCGAGCCCAGCUGCCAGCGUGAUUAGCAUCCGCAGUGAUCUGAGUGAUGCAGAUGUGGGGAAUGAAGAUCCUCAGAGUUGCCGUCUGAACGAGUGUAAAGAAGAGUGUGUAUGUGAGGCUUGCAGAAACACCUGUGUGUCUAUGGAAAGAGUGUGCUCCCUCAGCAGCCCUGACAGCAGCCUCAGCACCAGUUCUUUUGCCUCAAACUCUCUUCAGUCCAGCCCUUCAGUCUCACCAUGCAAGAGACCCAACAGCAUGUCUGAGGAUGACAGCCAUGAAAGUGGUUGUGACACAGUCGAAGGCUCCCCCACAUCUGACACAUCAACUUCCCCACGUGGCAACAGCGCCUACCGUUAUCUUAACAACAACAACCGCCCACCAUUGGCUGCCAUGGUAGCACCACUACCCUCCCCUACCGAACAAGGCAGGCGUCCCCGUGGUGUCAGGACGAUGGUCGUUCCACCAAUGAGAGUGCAGAAUAACAACAACUCUCAGGGGAUAGAGGAGCGUGUCCAAAGAACGGUCUCAGAAUCGUGGUCCCGAUCCAAAGGGUGGUGCAGCCUUGGAGGACAACAGAGCACGCCCUCCUCCGUCCCCCUCCUCCCAUCCGCCCCCUUACUACCCCGGCAGCAGCAGCACCCUCUGGGCUUUGGACAGGUGCAGCCGUACAGUUCAAACCACAGCAACAAGGAGUGGAACGGCAACUACGGGCCCCUGCGGCCGCACGCCUACAUCCCCCCCACUGUCCACACACACACCUUCACACACCUGCACCACAGCAGCCCCACACACACUUCAGCCGGCCCACACGCACACACCCAGGGCCUCCCCACACACACUUUGCUUACCUACCCCUCCAGUGGCCCCCUCCCCACCGCCCACCACCCUCAUCCCAUCCUGUCCUCACGCCCUCCCCCUCUCCUCCAGCAUGGCUAUGGUCUCUCCCACCCACAAGGAGGCACUUUAGUUCACCAGGUGACCCUGGGCAUCAGCACCCACCCCCACCACCCUGCUCCUCACCCACACAGGCUCCUCCCUUCCCCAACCAUCAACCCUCACCAUCAGUCUGGCUACGCCCACCACCCACACCAGUUCAAGCCUCCCUUCCCUGCUCCACCCCCUCCUCACCCCUACAUGGCCUCCCCAGCUGCAUACACAGGCUUCCCUCUGAGCCCCACCAAGCUCAGCCACCACCCCCAGUUUUCUUACAUCUGAGGAGCCGAAUGGGGCCGCAGCACUACCUUCUGAUGAAGAGGGGCAAGGGGAAAUGGACUGGUUCAGCAACCUGGGCAUGCAGACCUAGCAGCAGAGCACAAAACGAACACUUGUGAUGAAAAAGAGACGACGAGAGGAAGACAAGUAACCUGUCAAAGUGGACGAAUAAAGAAAACGACUUAACAACGCCGAAGAUGUUUCAUUAUGUUUUUGAAGACAGAAAUUUACAACCAAAGGGGUUCACGUUCAUGAGCUGUUGACCAUGUUUGAUUUGAUCAGAGCAACUUCACCUCUGAAAGACUUCCCUUUGAAAUCAUGUCAACCAGUGGAGGAUAAAGGAGGGCAUCGCAAAAGUGAAUGAAUUCAAACAAUAAGGAAAUUUUCAUUUAGAAUGUGUCCUUUGCACAUUACCUUCUGUUUAGGUUGUUUUUAAGAAGAAAUAUGAUCUAAUUCAAGGCUGGAAAUUACGUGUACUUGUUGCCGUCAGGUCGCUCAGCCUCCCCUUUCCCUUUAUCUUUGUUGCCUUGUAGCAUGUGCAAGCCGGUCAGAUCUGUUCGUUAAGCCAUCCCAGUUCGCUUAACCCGAAACGAACGCUCCUGUGUUUGUUUUGUUUUUAUGUUUUUUUUUUUCUCUCCCAGGCAGACAUUACGUCUGCCAUCUUCUAGUGCCUUAAAACCAGAGUCUAUGACUUCAGGAGCAUAUAGAUUGUAGAUUUAAACGGGCUUGCUGCACUUAACCUUAAGACUCUGAAUAAGAUGGGCUUAUUGGAGAAAUACCAGGACAAUGUUUGUGGGAUGUUUUACUAAAGUUUGACUUUCAGUUUGCUUUCUAACUCGAGUAUGGGUUUAAAUUAGCUAGAGGCUGCACAUAUAGGGCUUUGACUGAAUUAGCUUUUUAUGUAAAUAAAGAGUGAUUUGAUAUUUUGAUAAUCGAUUUCUAUUCACUAUAGUACUUAAUUCAUAACAGUAUUGUCACUGUUUACUGUAACUGCAAUACAAUCUAGACACUCUGGGUUGCUGUGUUUUUAUUUUGCAUCUUGUUUUAGGCUUGCAUUAAUACAUUUAGAAUUUUUGGGAGUGGCGUAGACUUAAAACGAUAAUUGUUUUAUGUUUUUACUUUAAACUGCUUCUCAGUGUUUUGAAAUAAUCUUUUAUCAACUUACAGUAUCAUCGCUGGGCUAUUGAGUAUUAGUUGUAUCAGUAAUUGUAGAAACGUUGAUGUGAGACGAAGCUUUUUGUCCUUGUAUUGAAGCCUGUUGUCAGUUUUGAUACAUUCCUUCAGGGUGGAUGCAUAGCCUUGAUCUUUUUGUGUGUGUUUUUUGUUUUUGUUCUUUGUUUUUUUUUUGUUUUUUCCAGUGUGUAGUGGAGCUGUGUCUUUACCUUGUCAUAUCAGCUGGCGUUUUUUUACUCCAAUCAACACCAAAGACUGUUCGUUAAUCAUUUCUGAAGCAUGGUCUAUGAUAUUUCUUCUUUCAACCUCCAGCAUACUGUUGCAGUUUGUCAAUAUUGGAAUAUAUUGUGAGAUCUCUAUUUUGAAAAUGGGGUUAUGGUUUUUAUUUUUCUGAGCUAUGUUUGGCAAAUUGUAUUUGGAAUGUAUAGAUAAUAAGCUGCUAUGUACUGAUUAUCUGCCACUUCGUAGCUGUGAAUUUAGAGGAUUAAUCUUUCUAGCCUGCAUUCUCUCCUUUGUAUUGUAGUUUUGACAACUAGAUACAAUAGAAGUGGGGUUUAUUUUGAUCAUAGAGUAUAUUGAAUGCUACUCAUAUAUGCUAGUGCCUCUGUAUAUUGGCUUUGUUGUUUUGAAGUGACUGUAAACUGCUGUAUUUUUUUUUUCUCUUUUUUUUUCUUUUUUUUUUUUUUUACUAAGUUCCUUUUUGGUUUGUGUUUUGUUUUUUGUUUUUUUGUUGUUUUUUUUGUGCGUGUGUAUUUAGCAUCAGUAUUUCAAAUGUAGAUUGGGUUCACUCAUUGAUUCUGUAACCAGUGUGUUGACAUAUUAUUGUUUGUUUUUUUCUUUCAUCCUGGCUUUUUGUUCCCUUAUAGGACUGUAUUUGCAACUCUUCGUACUGUACAAUUAGUGCCUUUUCUUCAAGCAGUGGCUGACAGUCUUGCAUUUGAUAUCAAAGCAGUUGGAAAUGAUUAGACUAGUUCCUUCUGAGGGGGGGUGGGGGUAAAUCAUCUCUUAUUUUCACAUCACAAGACCCCAAAGUAAACAGUCAGGGAAUGUUUUAUUCACCAAGAACGCUGUGCAGUACUACAAACAUAGGGCCUGAAUAUACACAAGUACAAAGCUUUAUUCUCACACCGUGAAUGUAUUUGUGAACGUCGAGACAUCCGUUUUAGUUUGCAAAUGAAAUAUUUGUUACAUUUCUGUUGUCUACUCAGCAUUUUCUCAUAUUAUGUGAUCGGGAUAUCGAUGGUUCCUGUAUAUGCAGCUAUAUUACCAUUGGUAGAUACUUUGUGUUUCAGUCAGGGGUCCUUUUAAAAAUGCUUUAUCCAUCAGUCAUAUUCAAAGUUUUGGUCCAAAGUUGUCCCCCAUUAAUCUGAUUAUUGUAUUGCAUUAUGAUGGUUUUGCUAUGUUACUUAAGUAAUGGGUGUAUUUUGUGUGCUUGUCUAAUAUGCUACUGUUUUGAUGAUUUUUAGAGGAUGCACUGUUCAAUUUGGAGUGCUACCUAGAGUUAUAGCUGUUUGUGUCAUGGCACAGUAAUGUGUACUCCACUUAAAGGAAAAUGUGUCCUUUUUUUUUUUAUUUUUCCUCUUUAUUUUUAAUUCCUGUGGUGUGCCGCUUCUCUUGGCGAUUCCCAUGUGUGUCUGUUCUUUCUGUCAGCACAGGUGAUGUCCCACACUGUAAUCCCCCACCACUUUGGGUUGAUUGCUUUGUAUAGAUAAUCUCACCUUCCCUGAAGCUUUACACUGACAGUUGCAUCAUAAGACACCGGAGGGGUCACCCAGUCUGGAUCCAAAGCUCAGCAAGCACAUGGAGCCCAGUUGCCUUAAGCAACAGCAGGCAAAACGACUGCUAAGAUGCCUCUAAAGUGUGAGCGUUCCUGGUAUAGGUGUCGUAAUCUGCUCUCUGAGGACAGUAAUACAGAACUGUGUCCGCUUCCUGUUGGGCUGCUUUUAUUGGAUGAUCAAAACUUGUCAGAUCCAUAAACGAUCUGUCUGAACGUGUCAUUUAGGCAGAAAACAAAUAGUUCAAUUUGACUUCUUGUACCAUGGAUAAUUAUUGGGUUUAAAUUGGAUACAUACAGGCACAAAUAUAACAUGAUUGCAAAAUCAAAACAUUUACCGUUAUAAAUGUGUAGAUUUGUGCGGCUUUAUGAUUUUAUUAUUUGAUUUGUUUUGUUAAUCUUAAAUGCUACACUAGUGUGACUUGUCGCAACUGCACUGUGCAAUAUACAACAAUAUGAGGACUGGGAAAAUGAUGGUUGGGUUGUAAUGAUGUGUGUCUUAUUAGUUUGCAGUCGUUCCCCCCCUCUAGUUCUCAGUGAGUUUCAAUGUGACCAAGCCUUAUGUACUUUGUCACAAAAAGCGGGUUCCUUCUUGGUGACUCUUAUUGGUGAGUGUCAAAUUAUGAAUUUAUUGUGUAAUAUGUUGAGAUUCACUUUGAAUUAAAAAAAAAUCUUUUGCUUCA